AUGAAGAUACAGUGUGAUGUGUGUGAGAAAGCUCCGGCCACACUGAUAUGUUGUGCCGAUGAGGCUGCUCUUUGCGCUAAGUGCGACGUUGAGGUUCAUGCCGCUAAUAAGCUCGCUAGCAAACAUCAACGCCUUUUUCUCAACUCUCUCUCCACCAAAUUCCCUCCCUGCGACAUCUGCCUUGAGAAGGCAGCUUUCAUAUUCUGUGUUGAGGAUAGAGCUCUUCUCUGCAGAGACUGCGACGAGGCUACACAUGCGCCAAACACUCGCUCUGCUAAUCACCAGAGGUUCUUGGCUACUGGAAUCAAAGUGGCUCUGAGUUCCACUGGUUGCACUAAAGAAGUGGAGAUGAAUCAAUUCGACCCAUCUAACCAGCAGAAAGCAAAGCAGAUUCUCUCUAAGCCGCCAACUCAACAGUCUGCCGCUGCUCCAUCUCCUCCAUGGGCUGCCGGCGACGAAUUCUUCCGUUACUCUGAUCUUGACUGCAGUAAUAAGAAAGAGCAGCUGGAUCUCGGGGAGCUGGAUUGGCUUGCAGAGAUGGGUUUCUUUGGGGACCAGCCUGACCAAGAAGCUCUACCGGCAGCAGAAGUUCCGGAGCUUUCGGUUUCACAUUUGGCUCAUGUUCAUUCCUCCUACAGUAGACCCAUCAAGUCCAAUGUUUCCAACAAGAAGCCGAGGCUUGAGAUCCGGUAUGAUGAUGAUGAAGAUUACUUCCUUGUCCCUGACCUAGGCUAA